AUGUCAUUAAAAGGACCAAUUCUUCAUCGUUCGGCCGAUGAAAUCGAACAAAUGACCGAACAAAGAUUAGAGCCGGUUGCAGAAACCAUCAGAGAAAAAUCUAUGCGUGUCUAUGAAGCUAUGGGACAUAUUAGAAGUUAUGUGAAUGGCAUUGUUCGAUCAUUUCUUACCCAAGCAUUUCAUUUCAUUCGAGUCGCAACAGAACCGAUCUAUCUUACAUUUAAGUCUUUCUGGGACACUUUUCCUCCUUUUCGUUGGUUUAUCUAUACUGUUCUCUCUUUUAACGCGAUUCCUUUCGCUAUUUUUGCUGGAUGGGGUCUUUUAACUUUUGCUUUAGUGUCAGCACUAGCUGGAGUUGGUAUUGUGAUCGCUCAAGGCAUCUUUACAAUUGUUGGAUUCAUUGUUUUUCUACCCGUGGUUGCUAUCCUUAUUCUGGUCGCUUUCAUAUGUGUAACAUUUAUGACUUUGGCUUGGUUUGGUUUUAAAAUUAGUGGCUCAGUACAAAAUUUCAUUGGUAUUACUUCACAAGAACUUGCCGUUGAUUUGAAGGGAAUCACAAAAGGAAUGAAAGAUGUUGUGACAAAACGUUCAAUUACAUAA